AUGACAGCUCCGGGAUGCAACGAGUCCGCCGCAUCUUCGUCGUCUUCGUCGCGCGUUCGGCAGCUCGACGACCCUCUCUCCGCUGACAGCGCGUACCAGCAUAGGGCCCCGGAUGAUCAGCGUCCGACGGUCGACGCACAAUACCCUUUCGCCGGCACUAGUCCUCCGCGAAGGUCGCUCCAACAUGAUGCAGGGAGUAACAGCUUCGUUUCCAAUACCUUGCCCCGCAAGCGCACGUCAGCCGCGCCCACUCCCACCAACUCUUCGCCCAUCCGUCAACGUAAUGGUAAGGGCAAGGCAGCAUUCACCGGCGGCUCAAAGGCAGAUGACGAAGCUGCUAUAGUGCCAAGUGUCGACAGUGCAGCUCAUCUUCGGCCUCCAUCCUUCGCCGAGUCUCAAUUCGCCACCAUCAUUCGUCGACAGAGGAAACGACGCGUUGUCUCGCCGACCACCAAUCUGCAGCCAGCCGGGAUCAAGUCGGUCUUGGAUCUCGAAGCGUCGACGCCGUUAGACCUGAUGCCGUCCCAUCUGUAUCAGGACGACAACGCUCCCAACGCCGAUGACCCUUCCUCAACCGAUUCGGGAUGGAAAAAUGCACUUCGUCGCGGUGAGCUCAAGGCUACCCUCAAUCAUGAUGCGGAUGUUCCCAUCACCACGUUGCCCUCAGAGCGCCAGGAUCCGCUCAUGGCGAUUCAUCGAGCCUGGGAGUUCGCCGGCUGGGGAUCCAUUUCGCUUCUCGAGCUUCCUCCGUCAGCAUUUCGAUCCGAUACGAUGGCCUCGGGUGCGCCACAGCGUCUCCAGCUCGGUCAGUGGAAAGCGUCUGCCAUCGCGGGUAACGCCGUCACCGGUUCCGUCUUCUACGCUCUUCCGGCGGUCGUGGCAGUCUCGUCGGUGCUAUCGCCCAUCUCCAUUCUCAUUGCCUGUCUGUUGCUCUAUCCUUUCCGCCCCGUCAUCUGCGAGCUGGCCUCUGCUCUUUCGGCGAGCAAUGCUGGGAACUACUCGUACCUCGCCAACAUCUCGACCAAGCUGAUAGCGGUGCUAGCCGCAGCCAUCACACUUCUCGAUGCAAUUGCCACGGGUGCUGUCAGCGCUGGCACAGCGAGUGCCUACAUCGCAGGAGAGACAUUGACCAGUCACACCCACAUCGACGGACGACUCAUCUCGGUCCUGCUCCUGGUCGGCUUGGCAGCUCUGUGCUUGCUCGGUCUUCGCGAUUCGAGCAGCGUCGCCCUCGGCAUGUUUGUGCUCCACGUGGUCACCAUGAUCAUGCUCAUCGUCGCCGGGAUUGUCGCAUGGGUCCGGUCGGGCAAUUCAGUCUUGCACAACAAUUGGGCUGUGGGCAUGGCCACCAUUCGUUCGCCGGCGACAGGUAGAGGUAUCGCGCGAGCCCUCUUUGACGGUGUCUGCGUCGCGUUUGUCGGCUUGACGGGCUUCGAAUGCAGCCCCUCGUACAUCAAUCAGGUCAAGCCAGGCGAGUUCCCCAAGGCACUUCGAAAUCUGCACAUCAUCGUGUUGCUCACCGAAGCGCCGCUGAUGUUGCUUGUUCUUGCGCUCAUCCCCAUGGAGGGCAUCCUCAGUGGCGCCAAUGUGCUCGCUUUGCUUGGUCAAGUGGCCGGGAGAGGCGCUUGGCUCAAGUUCUUUGUCGUGGUGGACGCCUGCUUGGUGCUCUGCGGUGGCAUCAUCACGGGCAUUGUUGCCUUUUGCGGCCUCGUCGACUCUCUCUGUGACGAUAGGGUGGUGCCGCGCGUCCUCCAACGCAGGCUGCCCAGGACGGGGGCCACGUACCCUUCCAUCGCCCUCUUCCUUGCGCUGACUCUGGUCAUGAGUGCGACGUGCGGCUUCAACUUGACCACGCUCUCCUCCGUGUUCAGCGUCUCUUUCUUGUGCGUCAUGACGCUCUUUGGCAUCUCGCUCGUCCUGCUCAAGUACGCGAGGCCAUCGCUGCCUCGGAACCCCAUCGCCAACCUCACGACAGUGUUGCUCGGCAUUGGCAUCGGCAUCACGGCCAUGGCUGGCAACUUUGCGCUUUCGCCCGUCAUUAUCGUGCAGACGCUCGUUUACUUUGUCGCGUUGGCAGCGGUGCUCAUUGCCCUUGCUCGACGAGUCGAUCUGGCCCGCAUCCUGGUUUGGCUCGUUGAACAGCAGCGCUCGUCUGUCUUCGGUCGACUCCCGCUGAAGCUCGAGAAGCAGCUCAUCGGGUGGAUACGAAGGGAGCGCAAUCAUCCCGUCAUCUACUUUGCCAAGUCGGAUGACAUUGCCGUGCUCGCCAACGCGCUCUACUACAUUCAGCAGAACGAGCCUACUUCGAAGUGCAAGUUGGUACACUGCUACAAGUCGAUCGACGAGAUCCCAGAACAGCUCGACGAGACCUUUCAGCUGGUCGACGAGAUCUUCCCCACCGUCACUGUCGACCUUGUCUUUGUCGAAGCGCCUUUCACGCCCACGGUGGUCCAAGCCAUCACGGAGCGUCUUGGCAUUCCGCUCUCUCGCUCCUUCAUCUCGUGCCCGAGCGGACGUGGCGCGCUAAUUGGAUCGGAGCAUCCCCUUUGCGACUACGGCGGGCUUCGCAUCAUUCUGCCUUAG